UUUAUUGUCAUUGGUUAUUUAUUCGUCUGCCUCACAAAACUCUGAAUAUGUUGAUCUGCUGCAUAGAUAACUGCGAAUUCAACAACUUGAUUACUACUGAAGAGAACGUUAGGUGCUGGUUAUGUGACGAAUAUGCCCAUAUCAAGUGCGCAGGCAUAACUGAAAAUGUGCGGGACUUAAUUGAUACGAAAAAUGGCCUCAAAUGGUCCUGUGAAGACUGCAGAGUGAUAAAAUCGCAAAUGGGAAGGUUUAUGAGGCAAACACGCAUGGAAAUUACUGAGCUCUUCAGCGAACUACGAACCGUUCAUGAUAAGUAUUUGAAGCUGGAAUCGGAAUUUUCAUCUCAUUUACUAAACUGCCAAAUGCCUGCUACUCCUGUAGAUGCUGAGUUUCGAUCAGAACCGUGCAAACAAGAUAAAUGUAAUUUUGGGGAGGCCGUUACUGAACGCAAACUUGGGAUAUCAAAUUCCGCGCCUUUAUUGGAGCCUUCAGUAAAAAUUAAACAUUAUAAUACGGCUCCUGUGGUGCUACCCAUAAUACCAAUCCCCAAUAUCCUAACAGCUGUUCCCCCACUGAAGGCGGUGUUCGUUUCCAGGCUCACAACAUCAACAACUGAAGAAGCGCUUAAACAUUACAUUAUUGCCAAACUUUCUUAUCCCGAUCCCGAUGACAUCCAAGUCAGAAAAAUAUAUAAUAAACAAAGACGAAAGAUUUCAUCUUUUAAAAUCCUUGCACCUGAUCCUAUAUAUAGAAUCAUCUUAAGUCCUGGAUUUUGGCCUGAACAUAUAGUUGUGCACGAGUUUAUAAAAAAACACGAUCUAAAGCCUAAUAUUGAGUAAAAACAUCCCAACAAAUUCUUGUUUUCGCUUGUCAAUGAUAACUAAUGUUUAAAUUGUUAUUUAAUAAAGACUAAAUUAAAUAAAAAUCGUUGUAUUUAUCCACAA